AGUCAGCCGCAGGCGCUGGCGAGCGGGUCAAAGAUGGCGGAAGGCGGAGACGCAGUGCCAGGCGAGCGCGACAGGUCUUCUGGGCCCCGGCCCCCGAGCGCGCGCGACUUGCAGUUGGCCUUGGCAGAAUUGUGUGAAGAUGAAGUGAAAUGCAAAUCUUCCAAAUCUGAUAGACCUAAAGCUUCAAUCUUUAGAAGCCCACGAACACCACCUCAAAGGUUCUAUUCAAGUGAGCAUGAAUACAGUGGGUUACAUAUAAUUCGACCUUCAACUGGGAAAAUUGUGAAUGAACUUUUCAAAGAGGCAAGGGAACAUGGGGCUGUCCCUCUGAAUGAAGCCACAAGAGCUUCAGAUGAUGACAAAUCUAAGUCAUUUACAGGUGGAGGAUACAGGCUGGGUAAUUCCUUUUGUAAGCAAUCUGAAUACAUCUAUGGAGAAAAUCAGCUGCAAGAUGUUCAGAUUUUGCUUAAAUUGUGGAGCAAUGGGUUCAGUUUAGAUGAUGGAGAAUUGAGACCUUACAAUGACCCAGCAAAUGCUCAAUUUCUGGAGUCUGUUAAACGAGGAGAAAUUCCCCUGGAGCUUCAGCGACUGGUUCAUGGUGGGCAAGUGAACUUGGAUAUGGAGGACCAUCAGGAUCAAGAGUACAUAAAACCCCGAUGGAGGUUCAAGGCUUUUAGUGGAGAAGGACAAAAGCUUGGAAGUCUUACACCUGAAAUUGUCAGUACACCUUCCUCGCCAGAAGAGGAGGAUAAGUCAAUACUUAAUGCAGUUGUUCUUAUUGAUGAUUCAGUGCCAACAACAAAAAUUCAAAUCAGGCUGGCAGAUGGGAGUCGUUUGAUACAAAGAUUCAAUAGCACACACAGGAUCCUGGAUGUUCGAGACUUCAUUGUACAGUCCCGCCCUGAAUUUGCAACUCUUGAUUUUAUUCUUGUGACUUCCUUCCCAAACAAAGAGCUAACAGAUGAAAGCCUGACACUACAAGAAGCAGAUAUUCUUAACACCGUGAUACUCCAGCAACUAAAGUAGUACUGCUCCUAUCCAUGCAGUAACAGAAGAGAGAUAAUGUGCCAUAUUUAAUAAGGAAAACUUUCUUAUAAAAAUACCAAAUUGUUUUUAUUAUUUAUAGAGAUACUUUUGAGUUUUAUUCUUCUUCUACCCCCAGCCUUAGUAUAGGUGAGUUUGGACUAGGAAUAGAUCUCGAGAUAAAUGUGUUUGAGUUUCUAGUUGUAGGGCUGGCUUAUGUUCAUAGCUUUUAAAUAUCCAGUCAAACCAAUUUGUUACCUGCUCAAUGUUAAAGUAACAACAUUUGUUGGCAGAGAAAAUGAACAAAACUCCAUUUUGAUAAAUUCAGUAAAAUUUGCACUAAGGUAUCUUGAUGCUGCAUUGAUCAAGAGCCA